AUGGUGGAAAAGAUACUUAAAGCACAGGAGACACUUGAGAAGGCAGGCUUCAGUUAUGAAGAAGUAAAGAGAACCAAGAAAUGCAGUAUCAAAGGAAUAUAUCACAGGUUGCGUGGCUCAUUUGAAAAGGUGAGAUGGAAGAAGGUAGUAUGCCAGAAUGCAGGAUGCCCACGAUGGACUUUCCUGCUAACAUUGACAGCUCAUGGUAGACUAUACACGAAGGAUAGGCUUCAGAAAUGGGGCAUGCAUGUAGAAGUUGAAUGUGUACUCUGCAGAACAGAGAAAGAGAGUGUUCAACACUUGUUCUUUGAGUGUGAAUACUCAAAAUCACUAUGGAACAAGAUACUAGCUUGGCAAGGAAUGAGUAGGGAAGUACAGGGAUGGGAGCAAGAACUGGCAUGGGCUGUAUACAUAGCCAGGAAAAGGAACCCAAAGUCAGAACUAUUCAAGUAG